AUGCCGCUUGGUGACUCCAACUCGAUGCUGAAAGUAUUCGGAACGGGAAUCGCUCUCAUUGGAAUCUGCUCCCUCCCUGCACUUGGCAGCACCGUAACCCGGCUCGGAAGAAGAGAUGCGAAGCAAGAUGUGUACGAGGAUGGCGACGGCAAGGCUACUCCCGAGUCGGUGAAGGCCUACUCGGGGAAGCUCCCGAAAUCAUUCGCGGUGGUUUCGGCCGGUGCUGGUCUUGGCAUCUCCAUUGCCCUCCUCAUCCUAUCAUCACAUGCCGACGACCGAUUGUUGAUAGACAGCUUGAGCAUCGGAGCCUGGGCUCUUCUCUUGUUUCAGGCCGUCGCCGUAGCUUCGAGCAGGAGUUCGGUACAUGCCUACCGUCUCGGUCUCUAUACCUUCUUCUCUGCCGCGGCCCUGGCCGGCAUUCUCCUCGCCCAGGGCACCAAGAUCGCGGAACCGCUGUUGCAUUCGGCGCCUGUAACUUUCGGGCUCCGCGUGGUUGAGCUAGCCUCCAGCAUAUCUCUCUCUUUCUCGGCCCUCUGCAUUCCGAGGCGGCCGGACGUCUUCUACCAGGGCGAGCUGGUAGAUCGCUUGUACACUGCGUCCGCCUUCCGCCGCUUCACAUGGGGCUGGCCAAACAAUAUUCUCAAGCUUGCCGCGAAGAAGAACGAUCUGGACCUGACUGACCUUACGCGGCCGAACCAGUACACCCGUGCCACCUCUUUGUCGAGCGACUGGAAGUCGAAAAAGACCGACGGCCAACGGCUCUGGAUUUCUCUCGCGCUAGCUCACAAAAAGACCCUGAUCAUACAAUGGUCCCUGACUCUUGUCGCCUCGAUCCUUAACUUUGGCCCGCAGUGGGUCAUUCUGCAGCUCCUGAGGUACCUUGAGAACCGCCAACCGGGCGACGGACAAGAAAUUGACGCCUGGAUGUGGGUAGUCUGGCUCGGCGUUGCCAUGAUCUCGCUAGCAUGGGUUGAGACCUACACCUGGUGGAUGUCGUACGCCGAGGUUCAGGUUCCCGUCCGCGCUCAGCUGUCAGCCCUCAUCUUUGAGAAGUCGAUGCGUAAAAAAGACGUCAAAGGCGCCGAAAAGUCCAAGAAGAAGGUUUCCGAGGAGGCCGACGCCGCAUCGGACCUCCCGGAGGUAGAGGACGAGGGUGAUGACUCGGAGGAUCUCAAGAACAGCAAACAAAGCACGGUUAACUUGAUCGGCGUCGACAGCAAGCGAGUGUCCGACUUCUGUUCUUUCCAGAACCUUUUCCCGGGCAGUCUCUUCGAACUCCUGGUCUCGCUCCUCUUCUUGCUCAACCUCCUGGGCUGGAAGGCGCUCCUGGCUGGCUUUUCCGCCAUGGUCGCCAUCAUGCCGGUCAACAUCUACUUCUCCAAGCGCUACUCCGCAUCACAGGAUCGCCUGAUGAAAGUCAGAGACGACAAGAUGGAGGUUGUCACCGAGGCACUACAGGGCAUUCGCCAGAUCAAGUUCUCUGCCCUGGAACCCGAGUGGGAGGCCAAGAUCAGCACUGUUCGUGAACGGGAACUUAGUGCCGUCUGGAGCGUCUUCCUGAACGACACGAUGCUGAUAGGUUGCUGGGUGACGAGUCCGAUCCUCCUAUCUGCCAUUUCUCUAGCUGUCUACGCGGCCGUACAUGGGGCCCUAGCCCCGUCCGUAGCCUUCGUCAGCUUGGGUGUCUUCAAAUCGCUCGAGAUGACCCUGUCUGUCGUCCCGGAGUUGAUGACGGAUCUGCUGGACGCUUGGGUCUCCAUCAACCGUAUCGAACAAUACCUUAACUCUCCAGAGGUGGAAAAGAUCUCGAAGGACUCGGACGAGGUGUCGUUCGACAAUGCCUCCAUUGCCUGGCCGUGCGAUGAGGACGUUGACGAAGCCGACAAGUUCGUCCUCCGCAACAUCAAUGUCACUUUCCCCAAGGGCGAGUUGUCGGUCAUCUCCGGAAAGACGGGCACGGGGAAGAGUUUGAUGCUGGCAGCGAUUCUGGGGGAAGUCGACCUCUUAGGCGGCACCCUGUACGUGCCGAGAGCGCCAGAGCUCUCUGAGAGGCACGACGACAAGGCGAACAGGGGCAAUUGGAUCAUUCCGAAGGCGGUUGCUUACGUGGCGCAGAUCCCUUGGAUCGAGAACGCAAGCAUCAAGGACAACAUUCUGUUUGGGCUGCCCUACGACGACGAGCGGUACAACAAGACGGUCGAGGUCUGCGCGCUGAAGAAGGACCUGGAGAUGCUUGGCGACGGUGAAAACACCGAGAUCGGCGCCAACGGUAUCAAUCUCAGCGGUGGUCAGAAAUGGCGCGUUACGCUUGCCAGGGCUAUCUACUCCCGCGCUGGCAUUCUUGUCCUCGACGAUAUCUUCAGUGCCGUCGAUGCCCAUGUCGGCCGCCACAUCUUUGAGAAGUGCCUCAACGGAGAGUUGGCCGUAGGCAGGACGAGGAUUCUGGUCACCCAUCACGUCUCGCUCUGCGAGCCCAAGACAAAAUUCCUGAUGGAGCUUGGCGACGGCCGCGUUCUGCAUUCCGGUCUCCUCUCAGAGCUGCGAGAAGAAGGCACGUUGCAGAAGAUCAAGAGCAAUGGCCAAACGGCCGAAGAAGAGGCCGAGGUGGAGGAAUUGGCCACGGCAGUGAACUCUGACUACUCGUCAGUUGAGGAAACCGAGCAAGACGGUGCGGAUAGGAAUACUCUGAAAAAGGUGCCGUCUAAGGUGCCCGACGCACGCAAGUUUGUCGAGGAUGAGACGCGCGAGCAGGGCGCUGUCAAGAAACAUAUUUACUCGACUUAUCUGAAGGAUAGUGGCGGGCUUUUCUUCUGGGCCUUUGCGGUUUGCAUCUUUAUGAGUGUACAGGCCCUUAACCUUGGGCGUUCAUGGUGGCUCAAGAUCUGGACAAGUACCUAUGAGGAACAGGGCACCCCUCAACAUCAUAUUCCCAAUGUCUCCACCGAAUACGGAUAUUCAUACACCCAAAGUCUCCGCCAGUCGAUCCACGUCAUGUCCGCGCCUUCAACCAAAGUCCAGGGCAGUUUAGCCUUCUACUUGGGCAUUUACGUCGCCUUGGCCGUUGUCUCGUCCAUGAUCGGUACUCUAAAGUUCCCGUACAUAUACCUUGGUUCGCUCCGCGCCAGCCGCAAGCUCUUCGCCAAGUUGAACUUCACCAUCCUCCGUACCCCUAUCCGAUGGCUGGACACUGUACCAGUCGGCCGCAUCCUAAACCGCUACACGGCUGAUUUCAAUACCCUCGACUCCCAGUUGGCCAACUCUGUGAGCUUCGGAGCUAAUUCCUUCCUGGGCCUCAUGGCGGUCGUCGUUUCCGGUUUCUUCGUGUCAUCAUAUAUCGUCCUACUGGCCAGCUUUCUGCUUCUCGUCUGCCUCUACUACGCUAUCCGCUAUCUCAACGGGGCCCGGCCUGUCAAGCGACUAGAGAGCACGACGAAGUCACCUGUUUUCGAGCAGUUCGGCUCUGCCCUUACGGGCGUCACCACCAUCCGUGGAUUUGACAAGUCCCAGGUCUACGUGGAGCGCAUGUAUCGGAAGAUUGACGACUACUCAACUGCGACAUGGCAUCUGUGGCUUUUCAACCGGUGGAUGGGCUGGCGGAUGUCGCUUGUUGGCUCGUUCUUCGCCAGCUUUGUUGCGGUUCUCAUCUUGCUCACCCCCGACAUGAACUCCGCCCUGGCGGGCUUUGCGCUGGCCUUCGCGCUCGACUUUUCAGGCUCGGUCAUGUGGACUAUCCGACUCUAUGCAAACCUUGAGCUGAACAUGAACGCUGCAGAGCGAAUCAUCGAGUACACCGAACUACCGACUGAGGCACUUGACGGCAAAAGCGCUCCGGCUGCGUGGCCUACCGAAGGCCGCAUUGAAGUCGACGAUCUAGUGGUAGCGUACGCUCCCGACCUGCCGCCGGUUCUCAAGGGCCUCACUUUCAGCAUCAACCGCAACGAGCGCAUCGGCGUCGUCGGCCGCACCGGGGCGGGCAAGUCGUCCCUGACUCUGGCCCUGUUCCGUUUCCUCGAAGCACGGUCCGGAAGCGUCUACAUCGACGGGCUCGACAUCUCCAAGAUCAAACUCCACGAUCUCCGAUCGCGCCUGGCCAUCAUCCCGCAGGACCCGGUCCUCUUCUCCGGCACCGUCCGCUCCAACCUCGACCCCUUCGACCACCACAGCGACACCGAGCUGCGCGACAGCCUGGAGCGGGUGCACCUCAUCGGCAGCAGCACCCACACCCCGGACGCCGGCACAUCCGGCUCCACCACCCCCGUCGAGCCCACCUCCACCUCCACCCCCACCACCACCACGCCCAAGAACAGCAACAUAUUCGCGGACCUCUCCUCGGCCAUCUCGGAGGGCGGCCUCAACCUGUCGCAGGGCCAGCGGCAGCUGCUGUGCCUGGCGCGGGCCAUCGUCGCGCGGCCGCGCGUCAUGGUGCUGGACGAGGCGACGUCGGCCGUCGACAUGCACACGGACGCGCUCAUCCAGCGCAGCAUCCGCGAGGAGUUCACCGACGCCACGCUGCUCGUCAUCGCCCACCGCCUCAGCACCAUCGCCGACUUCGACCGCGUGCUCGUGCUCAGCGACGGCCGGGUGGCUGAGUUUGGCACGCCGCGCGAGCUGUGGGAGAUGGGCGAGGGGGGCAUGUUCCGCGGGAUGUGUGAGGAGAGUGGGGAGCGGGAGAAGUUGAGGGGGAUUGUGUUUGGGGAGAAGUGA